GGCUGCAAUAAACUGUUGAACGGGGCUCGGCUCCGCCCGCUCCUGGCGUUUGCGUACUCCCCGGCGCGCCGGCGCAGCCCGCACUACGACCAUGGGUUCAGAUGCGGCGCGGUUGCUGGAGGCGGCGGACUUCGCGGCCUGGAAACACAGGGAGCAGCGGCGGAAGGACCCCGAGGGCACCCCGUACAUCAAUCACCCCAUCGGUGCGGCGGCCGCUCCCGUCCCACUGCCCUUCUCGUGAACCCUGCAGAGCCCCCGGUGCCGCUCUAACCCUCCCGACCCCCCCCCUCCCCUCCCGGUGUCUCCCGGUAUCUGUUCCAGGCGUGGCGCGGAUCCUGUCGCACGAGGCGGGCGUCACGGACGUCGUGGUGCUGCAGGCCGCGCUGCUGCACGACACGGUGGAGGACACGGACACGACGCUGCCCGAGAUCGAGGAGCGCUUCGGACCCGAGGUGCGGCGCGUGGUGGAGGAGCUGACGGACGACAAAGCGCUGCCGAAGGCGGAGCGGAAGCGGCUGCAGGGUGGUCGGAGGAGCGCGUGCAGGAGUACUUCCGGUGGGCGGCGGAAGUGGUGGCCGGCCUGCGCGGGACGAGCCCGCCGCUGGAGGCGGCGCUGCGGCGGCUGCUGGAGGAGCGCGGCGUGGCGCUGGGGCCGGGAACGGGGCAAUAAAUGCGGCGGCUGCUGGAGGAGCGCGGCGUGGCGCUGGGGCCGGGAACGGGGCAAUAAAUGCGGCGGGUGCCGUCUCACGUCUCCUUCCUGGUUGCUGCGGGCGCUUCCGGCGCGGGGUCACGUGACUGUUGGUGCUUCCGGCGCGCCAAUUCCUGUGGUUCCUGUGGGUUCCGGCGGAACCGCGGCCUCGCGGCGGCGUUCCGGGCCGCACGACGGCUCCGCUAUGGCUUCCACCGCCCGGCGUGACGCGCCCGAGCCGCCCGACUUCGGUAUCCUGAAGCGGCUGGCGCGGGACCAGCUCAUCUACUUGCUGGAGCAGCUGCCCGGCAGGAAGGACCUGUUCAUCGAGCCCGACCUGAUGAGCCCCCUAGACCGCAUCGCCAACGUCUCCGUCCUGAAGCAGCACGAGGUGGACAAGCUGUACAGGGUGGAGAACCGGCCGGCCCCCAGCACCAGCGAUCAGCUCUGCUUCCUCGUGCGGCCGCGGGUCAGGACGAUGCGGUACAUUGCAGGCACUCUGGGAAGGUCAGGAUGUGGUGUGUGGGUCGUCUCAUGCUGCACUGACUGCAACUUUGCACUGCCAGUACCUUCCAACCCCUGUAGGCCACUAUUCCUGGGCUGGAAAAUGUCCCUGUUCCCAGACAUUGUCAAUGCUGACAAGAUGUCAGGGAGGAGCCGGAAAUACAAGAUCAUCUUCAGCCCCCAGAAGUUCUAUGCCUGUGAGAUGGUGUUGGAGGAAGAGGGAGUCUUUGGCGAUGUCACCUGUGAUGAGUGGUCCUUCUACUUGCUUCCCCUGGAUGAAGAUAUCAUCAGUAUGGAGCUGCCUGAGUUUUUCCGGGACUAUUUCUUGGAGGGAGAUCACCGCUGGAUCAACUCAGUUGCUCGAGCCCUGCAGCUGCUGAACUCCCUGUAUGGGCCAUUCAGCAGGGCCUAUGGGAUUGGGAGGUGUGCCAAGAUGAGCUAUGAGCUGUGGCGAGAUCUGGAGGAGGAGAGCGAGAGUGAUGGGCAGGGUAGAAAGCCAGAGAUUGGGAACAUCUUCCUCAUGGACAGAGACACAGACUACGUCACAGCGCUGUGCUCGCAGGUGGUGUACGAGGGGCUGGUGGAUGACACCUUCCGUAUCAAGUGUGGGAGUGUGGAUUUUGGGCCAGAAGUCACCUCUUCUGACAAGAGCAUUAAGGUGCUGCUCAAUGCCCAGGACAAAAUCUUCAGCCAGAUUCGGAACGAACACUUCUCCAGUGUGUUUGGCUUCCUGAGCCAGAAGUCACGCAACCUGCAGGCGCAGUAUGAUCGCCGCCAGGGCAUGGACAUCAAGCAGAUGAAGAACUUUGUCUCCCAGGAACUGAAGGGACUAAAACAAGAGCAUCGCCUGUUGAGUCUGCACAUAGGUGCCUGUGAGUCCAUCAUGAAAAAGAAAACCAAGCAGGACUUCCAGGAGAUGAUCAAGGUUGAACAUGCUCUGCUGGAGGGCUUUGACAUCCGUGAGAGCACCAGCUUCAUCGAGGAGCACAUUGACCGGCAGGUGUCCCCUAUUGAGAGCUUGCGCCUGAUGUGCCUGCUGUCCAUCACGGAGAAUGGUCUCAUCCCCAAAGACUACCGUUCCCUGAAGACCCAGUACCUGCAGAGCUAUGGGCCUGAACACUUGCUGACCUUCCACAACCUCAAGCACAUCGGACUGCUGACUGAGCAGGCAGCUGGAGAGACCCUGACAGCAAUGGAGAGCAGAGUCAGCAGGCUGGUGACGGACCGAGCGGCAGGAAAAAUCACAGAUGCAUUUAAUUCCUUGGCCAAGAAGAGCAACUUCCGAGCCAUAAGCAAGAAGCUGAGCUUGAUCCCGCGGGUGGACGGCGAGUACAACCUGAAAAUGCCCCGGGACAUGGCGUACGUUUUCAGCGGGGCCUACACUCCCCUGAGCUGCAAGAUCAUCGAGCAGGUGCUGGAGCGCCGGGGCUGGCAGGGCCUGGAGGAGGCGGUGCGGCUGCUGAACGGCAACGAGUUUGCGAUGGCCGACGGCGCGCCGGAGGAGGGCGCGGGCGGGGACGCGCAGCGCGUCGUCCUGGCGCUGUUCCUGGGGGGCUGCACCUUCUCGGAGAUCGCCGCUCUCCGCUUCCUGGGCAAGGAGCGAGGCUGCAGGUUCAUCUUCCUGACCACCGCCAUCACCAGCAGCGCCCGCAUGAUGGAGGCCAUGGCCGAAGCCAAGGCGUGACGCCGGGCCGCGGGCGCGCCGUUCUGCUCAAUAAACGCCGCCGCGCCGUUUGGCGUCAUUCAAAGCUGA